CGCACCACGCAUCUGAUCAUGAUCGAGUGCGAAUAUUGAAGGGUGUCAGUGGCUACGUAGCUGCUGGAGGCACGCUUGCCAUUUUAGGUCCGUCUGGAUCUGGGAAAACAUCCUUGUUGCGCAUGCUUGCUGCACAAAUCCUUCCUGGCAGCGAAUCUUUCUCAGAAGCCUCUGGUGGAAUUGCUGUGGGCGGUAGUGGGGAUUCAUCUUUUGUACCGUAUGGGCGUUAUCCAUUUUCGGAGAAAGUGCGUGUGGUCUCUCUGGUCGAACAGCAGGAUUUCUUUGAAAACAAUGUGACAGUACAAGAGCACCUCAUGUUUCACGCGCGAUUGAGAUUGUGGAAUCACAUGCGCUCGUCCAAUGAACCUGAAACUACAGUACCACUAGCGGCAUUGCAGUCACAACGCGUGAAAGAGGUGCUAGAACGUUUACGUUUGGAACACUGUGCUGAGCGCCGAGUAGGCUACCUCAGCGGUGGAGAGCGGAAGAGACUAUUAUGGGUACCGUCAACCCAUCGUUGCGCCAUCUUUUUUUUAGCCAAUUUCAACUUGAAAAGUGCUAAAAGAUGUUCCAAAAGAUGGCUUGUCCUUGUCGGUACCUCUAAGACUGUCGAUUGCGGAGGAGCUUCUCAACGAAAGUGUUAAAAUACUUCUGGUCGACGAGCCCUGUACUGGUCUCGAUUCGACCGUAGCUCGUGAGGUCGUGGAAAUUCUCUUUGGCAUGCAAGAAAAAGAUUCAUCGGAAAAUCAGUCUAAGAACAACAGCACGAACAAGACCCAGAGAAGUACGACAAUUUUGUUUACGAUCCACCAGCCUUCGUCCCUGAUCUACAGGCGAUUCCGCAAUGUCUACUUCAUGGGCAAAGGCGACUGUUGCUACUUCGGAGCAGCUGACGCGAUGGCUGGCUGCCUCUCUGCGAAAGGCUUCAGCUUUCCGGAUGGCUACAAUGCGGCUGAAUUUGCGCUCGAAUUAAUCCAGGAUGAUGAAAAGCGAGAACGCCUCUUAAAGGGGUGCGUAUCCUCCCAUGAGAGAAUAAGUGAGGAAAAGCUUGGGACUGAUAAUAUGUCAGCUGAUGGGACAAAAACGACUGGCACAGGCACACGCAGCCCGCCAUGGUUUGUCCAGGUGCGCGAGAUCCACUGGCGCACGCAUCGUGCGCGCUUACGCCGUCGUUUUGAAACGUGGUUGACUCUCUACUGUAACAGCGCACUGCUUCUCUUGACGGGAUGGAUUUUCUUCCGCGUGCCAGCACAUCCCCGACUGAAAAACACAAGAAAUGGUGCGGCAUUCUUCUUUUUCGUCCAUCCUCAGUUCUCAGCCGCUUUUGAGGCAAUGAUAAAUUUGGUGCACGGUUCCCGGCUUUUACGCAGAGAAUUACUGACGAAACGCUUGUACUCCCUAUCUGCCUACAUGGUCGGUCGUGCGACUGGCGAGUUGCCAAUUUCUAGCCUCUUCCCGCUGCUUUUCACGACAGCAGCGUGCUUCCUAGUUCAGUUCCAUGGUAUACCUUUGAUCGACGAUGAAGUAACGGCUGCUUUCUUCUUCGAGAAGUUUUUUACCUUGCUGAUCGUUUCGUGGAGCGUCAUGCUGGCUGCGAAUGGUAUGGGAGCGCUUGUUGCUGCUAUCUCCGAAGAUCACGACGUUGCGGUCUCUUUGCUCAUCAUGAUACUUUAUGCUGCAGUUUUUGUUGUUGUUGUUGUGCUUAGCGUUAGCACGCUCACGCGAUAAGAGUACAUGUUAUUAAAGAUUGAUUCUAAUUCAUCCACACCAAAAAAAAAUACCCCAGCGACGUGCAUCGGUGCUUCUUUGGUUGAUGCGAUGGGUCAUUAACUUGAACUCUGACAAUUCAUAGUGAGCAAUUUUGAUCCUUUCGUUCUUGUCCUCUUCUGGUUCUCUUUUCAUUCCAUCGUGCCGAUGCUUCUGCUUAAUGGCUACAUGUUGGAUCUGGCACUGCUACCUGUGUGGCUACGUCCAGUCCGUCUCGUUUCUCUGGCGUAUUGGGGAUUCAAUGGAAUCGCAGUAUGGGCAUGGCAGGACGUCCGCCUCGAAAGCUGUUCCGCUGCGGACGCUCUCGAGUUUCCUGCGGACUGCAGCUUUAGGACCGGCGAAGAAAUCUUACGUCAGAACUUCGGCAUUGAUCUAGCCGAGGACGAACUUGGCCCGGACUAUGUUUGGACCUGCGUUUUUGCGCUAUUGCUCUUCGCUGCUAUCACUCGCAGCUGUGCCUUUUGUAGGGCCUACCUGCGCUACAUGUGCAACGACUCACUCCCCGUAUUUGCCGAAAAGGUUGGCCUUGAAUGUCAUGAUAUGUGCAGGUGCUGGAACUGGAACAAGACGGAUUGCAUGACGCAACAAGUGUUGCGGUACUCCAGGCGCAAAACGAUCAACGAGUAGCAGAAGAGAGUACUCGGCACCUAGCAACAUCCCGAGAAACAACACGAAGCGCUUUAUGUCCUUAAGAUGGAUGUAAAGCCCUUGCCGGUAACGAAGUGCGUUCGAGUCAAACCAAACCACAGCUUUGCUCUGUAGGUAAUAUUAUAGAGGUAAGUUAUAUAAUUUCAACAAUUUCCCCACAAACCUCCAAACCAAUACCAAAAGUACCUGAACCAAAUACACCUGAACCAAAUACACCUGAACCAAAAAACACCUGAACCAGAAACACUGGAGCCAAAAACACUGGAACCAAAAACGCGGGAACGAAAACGCGCCAAACUAAAAAAAUCCUGAACCAAAAACAACACGCGACACCCGGAGCAAAUUCCCAAACGUCCGCACCCCAAGGCCCCCAUACCCCAAGGCCCCAGUACCCCCAAGGCCCCCUUACCCGAAGGCCCCCGCACCCAAAGGCCCCCCCGCCAUACCCCAAGGCGCCGAUACCCCAAGACCCCCCUGCCCCCCCACUCCUAUGCCCCAAGACCCCUACACCCCAAUGCCGCAAGGCCCCGAUACCAGAAGACCCCCAUACCCCAAGGCACCCAUGCCCCAAGGCCCCCAUACCCCAAGGCCCCCAUACCCAAAGGCCCAAAUACCCCAAGAAGACCCCAAGGCCCCCAUGCUCCAAGGCCCCCAUGCCUUGAUACCCCAAGGCCCCCAUGCCGCAAGGCUCCCAUGUCCCAAUACCCCAAGACCCCCUGUCGGCCAUGCCCUUAAUCCCCAAGACCCCAAAGAAAAGCUUCAAGCACCCGCACCUCGCUCCAAACCUCCAAGCCCCGAACCCCCAGGUCCCGAACACCUAGGCCUUGGACCUCCGAGCCCUGAACACCGCAAGAGCCUCCAAACCUCAAAGCCCCCAGACCUCUAAGCCCCAGAGAGGCCUCCGAACCUCCCAACCUCGAAACCUCCGAACUUCCGAACCUAAAAACUUUGGAUUUCAAGCCAAAGGCAAAGCCUUUGCCUUUAAAUAACACAAAGACUGCAGCUGAAAGCUACGCCUCAAGCUUCAAGGGUAAAGCUUUCACGUCGAGCUCAAGACUUCGGGCGCGAAGCUUCAAGUCUGCUACUCGAAGCUCCAAACUCGAGGCUUCAAGUUUGAAAUUUCAUGUACGAAAUCCCAAACACUCACGGGAUGCCAAACACGAAAAUUCUUAUUUUAUUCCAGAAC